AAACAUUGCAACCCUGCGUUACAGCUGUGCUUAUUAAACACAGUAAGGAAAUAAACAUGUGUGAUAUAUCGUGUUUUGUUUAUAAAAUAUUUUUUGUUGAGCAAGUGCUUUUGCUUUAAAACUGCAUAAAUAUGGCUGAUGAGAAAUUGGAUUUGCAAAAAACGUGGACGGAUGAGGAGCGUUUAGCCUUGGCCGCAAAAUUGGAUGAGGAAUUAGAUGCGUACAUUGAUAGUUUAGAGAAGAAACGCUAUGAGGAAGGUUGGCCGGAGGAUCGGUGGCAGGAAGAAAUGGACAAGCAUCCGUUCUUUAUGAAAAAAGCGCCGCAACCUGGUGACGAUGUGCACCCAAUGUUCGAGGGUUUGCAAAAGUUGAAAUACGACCCAGAGGAAAACACAGCGGAGGAAUUGGCUCUUAAUUAUAAGGAGGAUGGCAACUUUUAUAUGAAGCAUAAAAAAUUUCGUACUGCAAUAUAUAGUUUCACGGAGGGCUUAAAAGCUAAAUGUGAUAAACCGGAAGUAAAAUCUGUGCUAUACAACAAUCGUUCAGCUGCACAUUUCUUUCUAAAAAAUUACCGCUCGGCACUCAGUGAUGCGCAAAAGGCAUUGGAAUAUAACGCAGAAUAUGCCAAAUCGCGUUCGCGCGCAGCACAGUGUGCCUUUUAUUUAGACAAGUUCGAAUUAUGCGCUCAACUAUGUGAAGAACUACUGAAGCGGAAUGAAAAUAAUAACGAAGCACGGGACUUGUUAAAAAGAAACAAAACGAGAAAGCUGGAAACUGAACGAGAUCAACGCAAAGAAGCUGCAGAGGCAAAGAGACGCAUUGUGAGCUUUCAACGGCUAACUGAAGCGCUAAAGUCACGCGGUAUUAAAUUCGAUGAUCUAAAAAAUAAUAAACCCAUAACGGAGGAAUUGUUGCGGCCAAAAUUUCUACCGUUAGAAGAUCAUCCAGUUCAUUUGGACCAUGACAGUGAGACCCUUGUGUGGCCAACAGCCUUUUCACAUCCAGAAUUUUUAUUUAGCGAUUUCCAGCAACAACUGUCGGAGGAUGUAGUUAUGGAAGAUUGUGUCAAUGACAUGUUUAAAGAGCCACUGCCAUGUGACAAAUCGAAUAGCUAUCGACCUGGCAAUUUAAAUAUUUACUAUGAGAACCGUAAAGUGGGUUGCGUGCGUAAAGUGGAUUUAAAUAAAACUAUAAAGGAGAUUCUAAACGAAAAGGGAUUCUUUGUCACUGGCGGCUCACUGUUAUUUUAUGUUGUACCAAAGAACUCUCAAGUUGAAUGCGAAUUCGUUAAUCAGCAAAGAAGACCAUUGAUUUAUGUGUGAAAGUGACCAAUAUAUUUGCUUGUUGAAAUUAUAGGUUCGAGUUCAUGUAUAUAGCAUUUUUAAAUAAUAAAGUAAUUGUUUUUUAUGCACAGUAGUGUAUUUCGAAUGUGACUGAAA